UUUGGUAUUUAUACACAACAGCCACACAGAAUUUUGUCACAUGAUAUAUUCACCUGACAAGUUUGAGAUUUAGAUUUUUCAGCUAAGGCGAGAAUUCAGCGGCUGACAAUUUAUUAAUUUACUUUCUUUUUUGAGGAAACCAAUAAAAAGCGGCACUAUGAAAAUCUGUGGUCCAAAAUUAUCCCUCUGUGGUCUGAUUAUUUCAGUGUGGGGCAUUGUUCAAUUGGUGCUGAUGGGCCUAUUUUUCUAUAUCAAUAGUGUGGCUCUUAUAGAGGAUUUACCUCUUGAAGAGGAAUACCAUACUUUGGACGAGUUUUAUACAGCUGCAAACAGAGCCUACAAUCAGAACGCCUAUAACUGCUGGAUUGCAGCUUGCAUCUAUGUACUGACACUGUUACUUUCGGCCCAACAAUUCUAUAUGAAUAGCAGAGUAACUGCUAAUUAAAAUGCUUCCACUUUUGAUAGUAUCAGUGUGAAGCCCAAUUGCUAGUUGUGUAUUAUUGUGACCGGCACUAGCAGUCGAUAGUAUUAAAUGGUUUAAUUAAAUUGUUAAUCUUUUUUGUUUCUUAAAAGUUUUCCAUUGUUUUUGUCAAAUAAUGAAAUUUUGUUUGAAAAAAUGUUGUUCAGCUUAAAAACUUACUACAUUCCGGUUUAUCUUAACGUAAUUAUAAUGGUGUAUGAUUCAUAGUGCAUAUUAUUGAGUUUCACCCAAAUUAUAAAAUAUUUAAUUUCAUUAUACAUCGCAAUGUGGCCGUGGUGAAUGCAUUACGAAAUAUAUAUCCAAACAUCAUUCUAGAUAAACCUACGGUAAAUAUGUGUGUAUUUUUAAAUGAAAUUGUUUUGUAAAAAUGUUUAAAUAUAGGAUUUAUUUUCAAUGACUAUCGGAUCAGGAAAGACCAAAGGUUGCUUAAAAUCUAAAUUUAAAAGGUAGCCAACAAAUCUUCGCAAAUAAAUAAACUUAAAUUCUCCAGAA